UCCCACUGCAAAUCAGAAAUAAUAGACAAACUUUGUAAUGACAACUCCCUUCGAAUAGUAAUAGCAACUAAUGCCCUUGGCAUGGGUAUUGACAUUAAAAACUGCAACAGUGUGAUAAUUUAUGGACCCCCAGUAAAUGUUGCAGACCUUAUUCAAGAGAUGGGACGAAUAGGUAGAGAUGGGUUACCAUCUGUAGCAGUUGUGUUGUAUAAUUCCUACCAAUGUAAACUUUUAGAUACAGAGGUUAAGACUUUUUUACGAACAGAUGUUUGCAGGCGACAAACCCUUAUGGAAAAUUUCCAUUCCGGUGCUGAAAUGGAAACAGUGAAAAAGUCUUUAAAUCAACACCAGUGUUGUGACAUUUGUUCUAAAUUGUGUACCUGUGGACAAUGUAUUUCAUUACCAAUUGAAAAACUUUUGAAUUGUGUCACCUCAGAGGACCAAUCUGAAGAUGGAAAUAACAGUAGUGACAGUGAAACAAUUUCAUACUGUUAUGAAUCAAACUCUGAACAAUUUUUUAACUUUUCAGAUAAUGAUGAUUGCUAAUAAAUUUAUAUUAAACAUUUUUCAUGUUAAUGAAUUUUAUUAUGAUAUACAUUGAAAUUUAAAAUUUAAAUUACAAUUAAUUUAGAGUG